AUGAAUGUAGAUUGGCAAUGCCCUAUCUACAACUUCACAAACUACCAGAAGAAAGGGGAAAGCGACAAGGACAAAUCCGAGAGACAUCCAUAUCAGCCCAAAGUCCAACGGAUCAAAGAGAUUCAUAAGAGAAUCUCGCCAAAGAUAAUUUUCCUAUCGGAAACUAAAAAUGCCGAUGACUUCGUUCUCAAGGAACUUGCCUUCCUAGACGCCUACCAUCACUUCCUGAUACCUCCAAACAGGCCUGGGAGUGGAGGACUAGCGUUAUUUUGGGACCAGGACGUGGAACUACAAAUUCUGUCAUCGUCAAAAAACUACAUCGACUCCCUGGUAGCCUUUAAGGGACGCUCCUUCUACUCAACGUUUGUAUAUGGAGAGCCUGAUGUUGCUAAUAGAUCUGCUUUCUGGAACUACUUAUCGAACCUCACAGCCGCUAGAGAUACAUCUUGGAUGUUGACUGGAGAUUUCAGUGACAUAAUUGACAACAGUGAGAAGAGCGGGGGUCCGAUCAGAGCGGAAGGAUCGUUCUGUUCCUUUCGAACCUUUAUCUCUCAAUCUGACCUGUUUGACCUCAAGCAUACGGGCAACUCCCUUUCUUGGAGAGGAAAAAGACACAACCAUGUAGUCCACUGCAGGCUGGAUCGUACUAUGGUUAACAGCGCUUGGUCGGAUGACUAUCCAGUGGGAAGAUGUCACUACUUGGAUUUUGCAGGGUCUGACCAUCGCCCCAUCUUAUCUUACAUCGACCCAGUGCAGAAAAAAGGGAAGAGACUCUUCAGAUAUGAUCGAAGAUUGAAAGAUGUACCUGAAAUCAAUGAGAUUAUUGCUGAAGCGUGGGAAGCCAGUCCCAACGGUACUACUCAACAACGUCUCUCCAACUGCCGACAUGCCACCUCCAAGUGGUCAAAACAGCACUUUGAAAACAGUAGACUCCUCAUAGACAAGCUGAAGGAAGAUAUAAAUGUGACGAUGACAAGACCAGAUGGGGAGGAUGCGACUAUCACCAGACUAAAUGCAGAGUUGUUGCAAGCCUAUAAAAAGGAAGAAGAGUUUUGGAGACAGAGGAGCAGAUUGAUGUGGUUAGCGGCAGGAGAUAAGACUCAGGAUAUUUUCAUGCUGUUUGUAAAGGGAAGAGAGCCCGAAACCGUAUCUCGGUAUUGGAAAAUGAUGCAGGCCUACCGUUACUCAUCCAUGUUCUCUCCAAGCCCAGCUCUUAUUGUUGACCAGGCAAUCAAACCGUCUGUUUCUGCGGAAAUGAAUAAGCAUCUUAGCUCUGUUCCAACGGAUGCUGAAGUUAAAAAUGCCCUCUUCUCGAUACACCCGUAUAAGGCCCCGGGACCGGAUGGAUUUUCAGCUUGCUUCUUCCACUCCAACUGGGAAGCUGUGGGAUCAGUGGUUACUAAGGAAGUCCAGAGCUUCUUCAGAACAGGGAUACUCCCCGAUAGCAUCAACGAGACACAUGUGAGGCUCAUUCCUAAAAUCCAGGCCCCAAAGUUGGUUUCAGACUAUAGGCCAAUUGCACUCUGCAAUGUGGUCUAUAAACUGAUAUCGAAGAUCAUCACCAUCCGUCUCAAACCGAUCCUCAAUGGGCUAAUCUCCGAGAACCAAUCUGCUUUUGUUCCCGGACGAGCCAUAUCUGAUAACGUACUGAUCACGCAUGAGAUCCUUCACUACCUCAAGAACUCAAAGGCGGUCAAGCAUUGUACGAUGGCGGUGAAAACCGACAUGAGUAAGGCUUACGAUCGGCUUGAGUGGGAGUUUAUUAGACUGGUCCUGGCUCGGAUGGGUUUCUGCGAGAGCUUUGUCGCACUGAUCAUGACGUGUAUAUCGACCGUCAGUUACUCUUAUCUUAUAAACGACACGGCCCUAGGCACUGUUAUCCCGUCCCGAGGGAUACGACAAGGUGACCCGCUAUCACCAUAUAUCUUUAUCAUCUGCGGGGAAGUACUCUCGGGACUUUGUAGACGAGCUCACGAGACUGGUAGUAUGGUGGGAGUACGAGUUGCAGUAAGAGCCCCGCGGGUCAAUCAUCUUCUCUUCGCGGACGACACAAUGUUUUUCCUGAAAUCGGAUGAACAGAGCUGCUCCACCCUUGCGGACAUCCUACACCAAUACAAGAUCGCAUCAGGCCAAACCAUCAACACGAACAAGUCGGCCAUAACCUUCUCUGCGAAAACAACUCAGGAGACUCGAUCUAGAGUCAAACAAUUCCUUGGUAUCGCUAAUGAAGGAGGUGUAGGUAAAUACUUGGGACUUCCAGAACAUUUUGGACGGAGGAAGAGAGACUUGUUCACUUCCAUAGUGGAUAGGAUUUGGCAGCAAGCUGCUUCUUGGUCCAACCGGUUCCUCUCAAGCGCAUGGAAGAUGACUAUGCUAAAGGCAGUGCUCUCAGCUUCACCGAACCAUGCUAUGUCCUGUUUUGAACUGCCCGUCAAUCUAUGCAAACGAAUCCAAUCUGUGCUUACGAGAUUUUGGUGGGAUGCUAAUGAUUCACAAAAGAAGAUGUGUUGGACUUCUUGGAGCACUAUGACUAAACCAAAAAAGCUAGGAGGGCUAGACUUGGAGAAUAAUGAAGAACCCACACUGUCUUCUAGCGCGUGUACUUCAAGGAAAAUAUUGCCAAAAGGAACCAAUCAACACAGUGAAGCAACCCGCAGCCUGUUCUAUGGUUGGCGGGGGAUUUUGCUUGGAAGGGACCUUCUGGCUAGCAAGUUAGGCAAAGCAGUGGGGGAUGGAACGACGGUGCGUGUAUGGAGGGAUGCAUGGAUCAAAACAGAGUCCCUCAUCACCCCAUAUGGACCUGCACGUGAAGAGGAUCAAGACCUCUAUGUUUCUGACCUCUUUCUUCGGGGUACAAACCAAUGGAAUGUCCAGAGGAUCCGUGAAAUUUUCCCACUAGAAGCUGAUGAUAUUUUGUGCAUGAGACCGAGCACAUUGGGAGCGCCUGACAAGCUGAUAUGGAGUCCAACAACGACGGGAGACUAUUCGACAAAGUAUGGAUAUUACUCAGCUGUGGAAUCUGACAGACCUCUACUAGCAACGAACCCAGCUCACAGCUUUAAUUGGAUCAAAAAUGUUUGGGCCACAAAAACGGCUCCAAAGAUUCAGGUGUUCCUAUGGAAAGUCAUGCAGGGAGCUCUACCGAUUGGAGCCUCCUUACAGAGACGAGGAUUACUAGCUACCUCGGUAGGUUGUGCACGAUGUGGUGAAGAAGAGACAGCAGCACAUCUCUUCUUGCACUGCCCCUUCACUAAGAGAGUAUGGGAGACGCUCCCACUUAAAACAAGCAUUGAUCCUCAACUAUUUGACGCUUUCGGUACCGCGCUCGCAAACUCUUUCAUCUUCGACAAAUUCAUCCUCUCACCAGACGAGAUCGGAACUAAGAUUGUACGCCUAGCAAGGGAAUGGCAAAACGCACAAACACUGACGACAAACAACUCCUCACAGCACCACUACUCUUCUCCAACCCCCUCCAGUUCAGACGUGGUAAUAUGCCACACUGAUGCUUCAUGGUCAACACAAACCAAAACGGCGGGUUGUGGGUGGUGGUUCUCGGAUACAUCUGGUGCUAGACUCGGACAGGGAUACUCGACAGAACGUUACGUAGCAACAGCUCUCAUGGCGGAAGCAAUCACGAUUAGAGAAGCCCUUCUCCAUGCAAAAGCUCUCCAGUUCACCAAAAUCUGCUUGAAGUCAGAUAACCAAGUGCUAAUCAAUGCACUUUCCUCGAAGCUACAUCCGACGGAGAUCUACGGACUCAAUCAGGAUAUCGAGGCACAUCUCUUUCGUUUACUUUGCUGCAUUUCUCUUUUAUUCCUCGUCGUUUGA